UGUCGGUUAUGGUUAAUUUUUUUUCUAAUAGGCGGCGUGACUAUUCCAUGCGAUUCACAUUAUAUCCGGCAGAUGGCGUUACCUCAAAAAACCUAAGUCACUAGCAGCCAACUUCAGUUCGGAGUCGUAUACUGCAGUUUUACCCUAUUUCCAUACUCAUCUCUGGUAUUACCAGAAUCGUUUUGUCUCUGUUUACUUACAUGCAAUUGAGCGAGACAGAACCAAAUCUGUAGUGAGAUUUAGAAUAAAGUCUCAUUAAACCAGCUUUGGUUAGUAUUUUUACUGGAAUUUACUGUCAUUUUAGUUAGUGUCAAUCUGAAAGUUUGUUUGGAUGACUGUGGAUCAGAAUUAAUAACGUUGAUAUACAUUUUACAAAAAAAAAAAGGGAAAACUGAGUAUACAUUUGAUAAAUAACAGGUAGUUUUUGUGAGGUGAUUAUUUUAAAUUAAUUUAGUGAAAGAGAUUCAAUAAUGGAACAUGAAAAUAAGAUGGGUGUGAUGAAUUUUUAAAUUGCAGUCACUGGUUUUUAUAAUUAUGAAAAUAAUGUAUAACUCCAAUACUGAGAUCCGUAAGCUGAGACCAGCUGAACUGUAUACGUUAGCACAGAUCUUAAGUGUUUCGGACAAUUGGAAAAGACUUAUGGCAAUAGUACCUAAAGAAGCUCCAGUACAUACUCCAAAAUUUACCAGUGAACAUUUUACUAUUAUAGAGCAAGCUGUACUUCAAAAACAUCAAAAUGCAGCAGAAAUCUUUUUAGAGGAAUGGAGUACAAUGGGUAAAUGCAGACCAACUUUGCGUAGUACUUUAAAUCUGUUAGUCAAAGCUGAACUUUUCAGAGCAGCUGAUUAUAUUGCAGUUAAUCUCCUUAAUGAACAACCUCCAUCAAGACCGGAAAAUGGUUUAGCAGCCAAUAUUGAUAUUUCGGAAGAGGAGAUUGCUAAGCUCUUAAAGCGUCAACAGCUAAUGUCAGACGACUUUGAAACAGAGUCUACGUGUUAUGAUUUUGAAGAAUCUUACGAAGAUAAAGUGAUACAGAUAGAAUAUGCUUCUGGAUCUUACGUAGAGAACUUAUGUCCAGCUAAAUGUGCCCAUAGUAAUAGUGACAAUGUUUCAAAAUUAAAUGAAGAUCCCAUCACGAACAAUAGUAAAAUUUCUCAAGAACAGACAAGUGAUAGUAAUUUUAUAAAAUUCUCUUCGAGCGUAACACGGGAGCAGCAAGAUGAUCAGAGUAACAAAGAGGAAGUGAUUUGGAAGCAAAUUGAGGAUUCUAACGAAGAAACAGCACAGGAACAGGUUCACGAUUGCAAAGAAGCAGUGGCUUUGAAACAGGAUGAAAAUUACACAAAUGAAGAAGUUUCGAAUUUGAAAGAGAACGAAAAAGAAGCUUCAAAGCAGGAUCAUAUGUAUGGAGAGGAAUUGAUGUCGCAGGCAUUGCCAUUGUGUGUAGCAGAUUUUGGACGUGGAGUUUCUGUAAUAGAACCGGGAAUUAUGUCAUAUGAGCUUCCUGUAUUCGUUAAUGAAGUUGCAAGACAAAAGAAAGAGUCCGAAAUUAUAUUUUCGUCAUCUAAUGACAGUGAUUCCAACUACACUACUUCCCUUAGUUCUUCGAAUCUACCUGUUUUUGAUGCCAUCAUUCCAAGUAAUUCAGAAUCUCAUAACUUGCAUUCUCACAGUGAUAAUAAUAGUAAUAGUAAUAAUAACCUUAAUAAUAAUAAUAGUAACAUUAGUUUGCCAGUUAUUGAGCUGACGUCCUCGGAAUUACCGCAAGUCAUCGUCGAACUGUCAAUGAAGAAUAAGUAAUGAAGGUAAAUUACGUAAAAAAAAACGUUACGUUAAAAAAAACUGAUUAUGUAAUUUUGUGAAAAGUCUCAAUUUUAAAGGAAGAAUUUAUUUUGUAUGUAUAAAAUUUGAAUGGUAUUU